UUCCGCAGUUCCGUCCGUCCGGAAUCCGGAAUAUCGGGCCAGCGACCAGCUGUUUUGCACCGUCGUUCCCUUUCUCCCCCUCCCGCCUUUCGGCAGCCUGACCGGCCACCCCGAAAGAUGUUCCGAAUUGGAUUAAAAUUUCCGUGCAACGGUCUAACUCGGGUCAAGAAACACGGCUGCUCCAGGUUAUAUUUGACAGCCAGGUACCAUGAAUCGCGAGCACGCGUCAAAUGCGAGCCGGAAGGGAGGCUAUGCAAGGAUAUCAGACUUACGUCCAGGUUUACUGGACCUAAGUAUUCGACCGCACCGCCAAAAAGUGAGAAAAGUCGAGGAUCAGGAACAUUGAUAACUUUAGGAGCUGUAACAAUAGGUACUUUAGGAAUAUUAACUUAUGUAAAGCAAGAUCCAGAAGUUCGAGCUACUCUCGAAGGAUGGAUUCCUGGUACGGAUAAAGCCAUUCGAAUUAUCUUUCAAGAGGACUCUAGCUAUUUCGAUUUUGUACUUACAUUCUUCAAAACAUUAAAGCAGACGAUUCUGGACUUGUUCAUCAGUCAAACAUCAAAACCAGAACCAGCACCCAAGCCAGUUUUUAAACCACUCGUCGAGAAGAAGGAAGCGCCUAUUAAUGAGAAUUAUGCCGAAAUUCGCGUUAGUAAAGAGAAGGGUGAAAAAGUAGACGUUGUGGUUGAGAAACCAACGCCACCUCCACAAGUGUACCCCCAGGAAUUGAUGCCGCAAAAUCUCGUCGAACUAGAAACGAAUUGCGGCGAGGCCGCUGCUAAAGCUAUCGCAGCAUAUCAUAAGGCAGUGUACGCACUUCAAGACUACAAUCGGGAUGUUAUUAAAGUGAUUGAGAGUAGUGGCACUACGAUAAGCGGAACCGUUUGGCAAAGGUUAAAAGAAGCGACGGAAAAGAGGAAAGAGACGGUACAGCAAGCGGAAGAGCACGCGAAAGAUGCGUUGAAUUCGCUUAAGCGCAUGUACAAUUUAAUUGAUGAGUCCGUGUUCGAAGCGCCCGCACAUAUGAAGACGGCAGCGAGACGGAACGUUAGGAAAAUUAUGGACGAUGUGGACGAGGCGAAAAGGAAGUACACCGAAGAGUUGCAGAGUGGUAACCUUGUCGAGCGUUAUUGGAAGCAGAUUAAAACGGCGCGGGAAGAUUUUAACGAAGAAUUGCAAAUUCUGUUCCCUAAUAUAAAUAUUCAUGACAAGAAACUAUCUGUCAGUGAAGAAGCCUUCGAUUUAUUCGUCCUGCAUAUGUAUCACAAAGUUAACAAUCUACAGAAAGAGUUGGAAAAAUUAAGGACAGUCAGUGAGACUAAAGUGAAAGCGGCAUUAAGAGCGGCCGGAGAAGAUGCGACUCAAGAAAAAUUGGAUGCGUUAAUUUGUCUUGCAGUUAACCAGGAGAAGCUCGUGCUUGAAGACAAAUACUCGAAAGAGCUGCUGGCGGAGCAGAAGAAGCUGGACGACGAGAUGCGGCGGCAACUGAAAUUGCAGUCGGAGAUACACGCCGAUCAUCUUCGAGAGGCACUUUCAGUCAAAGAGCAGGAAACGCAAAGGAUGCUGCAGCGAGCUUUCACCGAACAGGCCGACGCCGACUCCAUAAAGCACAAGACACAGCUCGCGGCGAUGACGGGAAGGUUACGUGCUCUUACAGCAACUCUUAAAGCUCGAAUGGAAGAGGAGAAGGGUGCGUCGAAUGCGCAAAUCCUGUGGUCGGCCUGUCAAGCCUUGGCUAGAGCAGUGAAAAUCGCGGCACCGGAUGUGACGAUCAGACCGCUGGAGCCUGAAAUUAAGGCCGUUUCCAAGGCAGCACCGAAGGAAGAUCCUCUGGUGUGCGCCGCUAUCCAGAGCAUUCCCGAGGAGGCGGCCAAGAGAGGAGUAUUCCCGGAGAUUGCCCUUCGCGAGAGAUUUCUCAAGGUAGAGAGCGUGGCGAGGAGGUUAGCCAUGGUGCCUGAGGAGGGUGCAGCCCUACCUAUAUAUCUUCUUAGCUAUCUUCAAAGUUUCUUGAUUAUCAAAACGGCCAAUUCAAUUCCGAAGAAGGAGCUCGAAGACGAGCCAAUCGACGUGAACUCCUUGAAUACGUAUGAUAUUCUUCAACGUGCCAGGUAUUGGUUGGAUCGCGGUGACUUCAAGAUGACUUUGAGAUACAUGAAUCUUCUCAAGGGUGCGCCAAGAAGCAUCGCCAGAGAGUGGAUGAACGAGACCAGGAUCCUGCUGGAGACGCAGCAGGCGAUCGACACCCUGCUGGCGUACGCAGGUGCGACCGGUCUCGUAUAUCUCGGUGCUGGAGAUCCGCCCAAGAAGUAAAGGCGUACAAGAAAACCACAGAAGAGAGACUGUCCCGAGACACACACGAGGGAAUGUCUAUAGAAGAACGGGGCGGGGGUGACAGGGGAAGAUUAGGGAGAGACAGAUCGCACCGAUGUCGUCACCGGAGGGAGAAAUCGCUGCCAGCCUUAUAUAGUCACAACAAUGUCUUUUCUAGCAAUUAAAAUAUAGGAAUAUAUAUAUUGUGCGCCGGGAGAGGCAAUAUACACAGUGAGACAUCUUUCUUUGCCAGCACUCGAGGACAGAAAUGUACUUUUGCGCGCCAUUUGAAUUUUGCAACGGGAUUCAAAUCUUAUGUACGCCAAGAUUUUCAAUUAGAUUUAAAUCCUAAUAUCCUCUGGAUAUAUGGAUUUCGAGCGAAUCGUUGAACGGAACAGUGAAUGUGAAAUUAUUCUGAUUAUAAUAUAUCUUGCUUUGAUAAAUUCUUUUUUCUGAUUAUAUACAUUAUAUAUAAUCCUUCUCAUCAGGAUAAAAAUAGAAAAAAAGAUUUAUUUUUGCUUUCGCACACCACUCUUCCACUUGACAGUUCGAAUCAUGUUUGCCGAGUACAAUGUAAAUAUCGAAAGCGAUCGUGCUUUUCAAGAGACGGCGGUGUAAGAAAGCAUUUAGGCCGGUAUUCAUAGUCCGAUCUUAUAUUUAAGAUUGUCUUAAGUCUGGUCCGAGGUUGACUUAAGACCUCAUUCAACCAAAUAGCUGCGUAGCAUUUCAAACUCGAACUUAAGACGAUCUCAAAUAUAAGAUCGGAAUACAGGCCUUAAACGCGUCUCACGUUUGUGAAGAUACAAGUCUCGAAAUUAUCCUUUGUGAUCAACGCGUGUAUCGGAAUUGCGUCGUUCGUGCCUGCACUUUAAGCGUACUUUGAGCUCCCCUUGUCACGAUCCAUCCACUCAUCCAUCUAUCUACCCAUUCAUCCAUCUUAAGAUUACCUUUUACUUCAUAACCGGAUAUUACUCUCCUGCGCACCGAACUCUCUCGUCGCGAAUCACAUCGAUCGUUCGCGUGCCGUUACCUCGUCUUUCGCUUCUAACACGAAACCUUCGCGACUUUGCACGGGACGGGGAAGCGUGCUAGGAAUCAUUGUAAAAAUUGGAAAUAAAGUUGUUUCGUGACAUAACGAA